AUGGACGGAGAGCGUGCGAUGAAGGGCAAUUCCAGCGCUGGGAUCCGCAUCGGCGCGAAGCCAUGCGGAACCUUCACGACCCCAGGCAUCGACCAUGACUUUGAGCGCCGCCUCUCUCACUGUGGUGUGUUCUGUCGUUCCGAGUGGCCAACGCAACCGAGUUACAAAGGACCGCUCGGCGCAGCUGCAGCAAUCAGCCUGAGAAGGAGAGAUGACACGACGGGAAAUAGCAGCAGCAGACGCGGGAGAAGCAAAAAGCUAUUUGGAGAUGAAACAAGGCCGUUCAGCACGGUAAACCCUCGCUGCAUCGUGGAGAUGAGCCUGGGGAUGUGUGAAGCGAUCUGUUUGAAACGGUUCAGGAAUUCCUGGCUUGCUGAGGUGGUGUGCUUCGUAAAGCAAUGGAGUAACACUACGGCUGCCGACGGGACUUUUGCUGCAUCAUCAGCCUGUCCAUGUAAAGGCAGCCCGCCGGUUGGGACCAUGCCGACAAACAGCGGUGUUCGCCGCCGUGUGAGAGGGCUGUCGUUUGAGGGCAAAUAUCGGGUCGCCGGACGGGCGUUCUACGAUCCUAGGUGA